AUGUCUACCUCACCUAUAGGCCAACAUAAUAAUCGAUCAGAUACAUCUACUACGCAUAACUCCCAGACAACUGGAACAGCAGGCAUGGGUUCUGCUACAGAAGACAACAGUGUAUCUUGCGGAACAGGUACCACUCGCACAUGUUAUGUAUGCCAUCAAACCUGUUCUUCUGUACCCAUUAGGAAGGAUUCGGAGACAUCCCAAAAUCCAAUGACCAAAUGGUUAUCUGACACUCUGAAAAGCUCCGCGAACGUAUUGAAAAGUGCUGACCACUCAAAUGACAGGGAGGAUCAGAAAGAAGACAUGUCGAGGGCGAGAUCAGAAGUAGAAGAAGCAGCUCAAGGCAGUACAGUUGAUGAAGGCGUUUGUCGACCGAAAGUCCAAGUCCAAUUCAGGAGAAGGAAUCCUCAUGAUCCUCCUCGUGAAUCACAGGAGGAUGCAGGGAGCGACAGUCGGUCGUCAUAG